AGGUAGGCAGAUCACAAGACCAUCCACUUCACGUGCUUCUCUGUUUGCAGUGAUCAGCAACGCUGUAACACGUGCAGUGCAGCAUCGGACUGUCAAGAUCAGGAGACGCCUGGGAAACGGUCUCCAUCAGAAUCGUUGUUGCUAUCAUGGAUCAAGCCGAGAUCUUCACGCAGGCCUAUGCUCAGGCGCAAGAUGCACAAGAUCCAUUGGCGAGAUUCCGUGAUAUGUUCGUCAUACCGAGCAGAGCAGAUCUAGCCCGAAAGACCAUCACCGCACAGCCAGACGAGAUGGACGAUGAGCCAUGUACAUAUCUCUGCGGCAACUCUCUUGGGCUCCAGCCGACUCUCACCCGAGAGUACUUCGAGGAAUACUUGUCAACCUGGGCUCAGAAGGGGGUAUUUGGUCAUUUCAAAGAGAUCUCAGACACACGUUUAGCACCGUGGCUUCAUGUCGAUGAUGAUGUGCGUGCAGACAUGGCUACGGUCGUGGGUGCGAAGACGGAAGAAGUCGCAGUUAUGCAAACCUUGACCGCAAACUUGCAUUUUCUUAUGUGCAGCUUCUACAGGCCGACGAAAGCGAAGAACAAGAUUCUGAUUGAGGGGAAAGCGUUUCCUAGCGAUCAUUUUGCAGUCGAGUCUCAGAUUCGCUUGAACGGGUACGACCCGCGGGAGUCGAUGAUCUUACUGGAACCGCCAUCAGGGGACUCACUACUCCUGCCGACCCAGCACAUCCUCUCGACAAUUGACCAGUAUGCAGACGAGCUGGCAUUGAUCCUGCUCCCGGGAAUACAGUACUACACUGGUCAGUUGCUUGACAUCAAAACUAUCACGGCGCACGCACAUUCAAAAGGUGUCACCAUUGGGUGGGAUCUAGCUCAUGCUGCAGGCAAUGUGCCUUUGCAGCUGCAUGAAUGGGACGUCGACUUCGCCUGCUGGUGUACAUACAAAUACUUGAACUCAGGCCCGGGUAGCAUAGGCGGCGCUUUCGUGCAUGAGAGACAUGGCGAAGUCACAGCCCGGGACGACCAGUUCCACUAUCGACCAAGACUGGCGGGCUGGUGGGGUUCUUCGAAGUCCAGUCGGUUCGUCAUGGCAAACAGGUUCGAGCCAAUAUCAGGUGCGGCAGGCUUCCAAGUAUCAAACACUUCAGUCGCGGACACAAUCGGUCUUCGUGCAAGUCUGGAUGUCGUCAAGCAGACUUCGAUGGCCGAGCUUCGCAACAAGAGCCUGAAGCUCACGGCCUACCUUGAGCAAUUGCUGGAUUUGUUGGCGCAAGACCAAGCACAGCAAUUUGGUCAGGCGUUGUUCCACGUCAUCACAUCACGAAAUCCGGGGGAGCGUGGAGCACAGUUGUCGGUCAUGCUUCGACCUGGUAUGCUCGAUGCUGUGAUGGAAGUCCUUGAACACGACGGCGUUGUGCUUGAUGAGCGGAAGCCAGACGUGAUUCGCGUUGCACCUGCUCCUCUAUACAACAAUUUUGAGGAUGUUUGGAGAUUCAUGCUGGUUUUUAGAAGAGCUUGCCAGGAUGCACGUUCAGGCGCCGUGAAGGGAGACAGCGCAAUGGUGAAUGGAGGCAAGGACAAUAAAGGCUGGAGUGAGAUCAAGUAAUCAUAAGUAUUGUCGAUGCGCUGCAUGGCGAGGAUAGUACACAUAGAGUUCCUGCAAGGUCGUGCUUGCAGCCAGCAGCCUUGCCAAGACAACGAUCAUCCGAUCAUCCUUGCCAGCCUCAUGCAACUGCACCUCUAUCAUCGAAAGUGUUUGCUACAUGAUCUCCCGCAGUAUGUCUUGUCUUUCAGACCUGUUAUCCUCCACGCGACCUGCGCACUGCAUUGCACGUGGACACCGCGCGAUCAGACGCGUCGGUGAAUGCGAACACUUGCUUCUGACAGCGCGCGCGCAACAGAGAGGCCUCUCUCCAGUGAAAGCAGGACGUCGGCGAGAAGCGACAUGACUCAAAGCGACCGGCAUCUGGA